AUGGCUAGCCCCGCCGGAAACAUCUCCUUCGACGACUUCCUCGGCCUCGAGACCGCCAUCUUCGAGUGGGCUGACAGCUACGACUCCAAGGACUGGGAGCGUCUCCGGAAAUGCAUCGCCCCUGAGCUUCGCGUCGACUACCGCUCCUUCCUCGACAAGAUCUGGGAGGCCAUGCCCGCCGAGGAGUUCAUCGCCAUGAUCUCGGACAACUCCGUCCUCGGCAACCCGCUCCUCAAGACGCAGCACUUCAUCGGCGGCACCCGCUACGAGCGCGUCUCCGACACCGAGGUCAUCGGCCACCACCAGCUCCGCGUCCCCCACCAGAAGUACACCGACGCCUCGCGCAAGCAGGUCGCCGUCAAGGGCCACGCCCACAGCUACAACAAGCACUGGUACCGCAAGGUCGACGGCGUCUGGAAGUUCGCCGGCCUCGCCCCCGAGAUCCGCUGGUCCGAGUACGACUUCGACGCCGUCUUCGCCGACGGCCGCGACUCCUUCGGCGCCGACGACGCCAAGACCGACGUCAAGGUCGUCGAGAAGGAGCUCAAGACUGCCGUUUCUCACUAA